CUUUCGUUCGUUACUUUAAAAACCAUUUUCUUACCGCAAGGGCAGAUUGAAAGCACGGCUCAGAAGUUUCAUCCUUGAAGUUCUCUCUUUUUUUUCCUGAGAUUUAAGAGAAUAUUUUGCCAUUGAUCAUUUGCUUCCAUCAAUCAAGAUGGUGAAGUUUACAUCAGAAGAGCUUCGAAGGAUCAUGGACCUAAAACACAAUAUUAGAAACAUGUCGGUCAUUGCCCAUGUUGAUCAUGGAAAAUCAACUCUGACUGAUUCUCUAGUGGCUGCUGCUGGCAUUAUUGCACAAGAAGUUGCUGGUGAUGUUCGAAUGACAGAUACUCGCCAGGAUGAGGCUGAGCGAGGCAUCACUAUCAAGUCCACAGGAAUUUCCCUCUACUACGAGAUGGACGAUGAGGCUCUGAAGAACUUCAAGGGCACCAGGAUGGGAAAUGAAUACCUUAUCAAUCUCAUUGAUUCACCGGGGCACGUGGAUUUCUCAUCAGAAGUCACAGCCGCUCUAAGGAUUACUGAUGGGGCUCUUGUCGUUGUUGACUGCGUGGAGGGUGUCUGCGUGCAGACCGAAACUGUUCUGCGACAAGCACUCGGUGAAAGAAUCCGGCCAGUUUUGACCGUUAACAAGAUGGACAGGUGCUUUUUGGAGUUGCAGGUGGAGGGUGAGGAAGCUUACCAGUCAUUUCAAAGAGUCAUCGAGAAUGCAAAUGUCAUCAUGGCUACCUAUGAGGAUCCUCUUCUUGGCGACGUCCAAGUUUACCCUGAGAAAGGAACCGUUGCUUUCUCAGCAGGGCUGCACGGUUGGGCUUUUACCCUCACAAAUUUCGCUAAGAUGUAUGCUUCAAAAUUUGGAGUUGAUGAGGCCAAGAUGAUGGAGAGACUUUGGGGUGAGAACUUCUUUGAUCCUGCUACAAAGAAGUGGACGACAAAGAUCACAAGCUCCCCGAGUUGUAAACGUGGUUUUGUCCAGUUCUGCUAUGAGCCAAUUAAACAGAUCAUAAACACUUGCAUGAAUGAUCAGAAGGACAAAUUGUGGCCGAUGCUGCAGAAGCUUGGGGUCACCAUGAAAGCAGAGGAGAAGGAUCUUGUUGGUAAGGUUUUGAUGAAACGCGUGAUGCAGACAUGGUUGCCUGCCAGUACUGCGCUUCUUGAAAUGAUGAUCUUCCACCUUCCGUCUCCAGCCAAGGCGCAGAUGUAUCGUGUGGAGAAUCUUUAUGAGGGGCCUCUGGAUGAUCCAUUUGCUACUGCCAUCAGAAACUGUGACCCAGAGGGUCCUCUUAUGCUCUAUGUGUCCAAGAUGAUUCCUGCAUCGGACAAAGGAAGGUUCUUUGCUUUCGGGCGUGUAUUCUCUGGCAAGGUUUCGACUGGAUUGAAGGUCAGGAUUAUGGGACCAAACUAUGUCCCCGGUCAGAAGAAGGACCUGUAUGUAAAGAGUGUGCAAAGAACUGUAAUUUGGAUGGGCAAAAAACAGGAAUCUGUUGAAGAUGUGCCAUGCGGAAACACUGUUGCUUUGGUUGGUUUAGAUCAAUUCAUCACCAAGAAUGCCACUCUGACCAAUGAGAAAGAGGUGGAUGCUCAUCCGAUCAGGGCAAUGAAAUUUUCCGUCUCUCCCGUGGUUCGUGUGGCUGUCAGCUGCAAGGCUGCCUCCGACCUUCCAAAGCUUGUUGAGGGCUUAAAGCGUCUGGCCAAAUCAGAUCCCAUGGUUGUCUGCACAAUGGAGGAAUCCGGAGAGCAUAUUGUUGCCGGAGCAGGUGAACUCCAUCUCGAGAUCUGCUUGAAAGAUCUGCAGGAAGAUUUCAUGGGGGGUGCAGAGAUUUCAGUAUCUGAUCCAGUAGUCUCUUUCCGUGAAACCGUGCUGGAAAGGUCCUGCAGAACUGUGAUGAGCAAGUCCCCAAACAAGCAUAAUCGUCUCUACAUGGAAGCAAGACCCUUGGAAGAGGGCCUUGCAGAGGCCAUCGACGAAGGCCGCGUUGGCCACCGGGAUGACCCAAAGGCACGGGUGAAGAUCCUCUCGGAAGAAUUUGGGUGGGACAAGGAUCUUGCCAAGAAGAUUUGGUGCUUUGGGCCAGAGACUACCGGACCGAAUAUGGUGGUUGAUAUGUGCAAGGGAGUUCAAUAUCUGAAUGAAAUAAGGGACUCUGUCGUCGCUGGGUUCCAGUGGGCAUCGAAGGAGGGUGCUCUUGCAGAGGAGAACAUGCGUGGCAUAUGCUUUGAGGUAUGUGACGUUGUGCUGCAUGCGGACGCCAUUCACAGAGGAGGUGGGCAGGUCAUUCCUACAGCAAGGAGGGUGGUAUAUGCAGCUCAGUUGACGGCGAAGCCCCGACUACUAGAGCCAGUCUACCUUGUGGAGAUACAAGCUCCAGAACAAGCGCUUGGAGGCAUCUAUGGUGUGCUGAAUCAGAAGAGAGGUCAUGUGUUUGAAGAAAUGCAGAGGCCGGGAACCCCACUCUACAACAUCAAGGCCUACCUGCCGGUCAUCGAAUCAUUUGGUUUUUCCAGCACUCUCCGGGCUGCGACGUCGGGGCAGGCGUUUCCUCAGUGCGUGUUUGAUCAUUGGGAUAUGAUGUCUUCGGAUCCCUUGGAAUCUGGUUCUCAGGCUGGGCAACUGGUUAGUGACAUUCGGAAGAGGAAGGGGUUGAAGGAGCAGAUGACUCCCCUCUCUGAUUUUGAGGACAAGCUUUGAAA